AUGUCGGAUCGAGAGAGAAGCCGAUCUAGAACUCGUAAUGGAUCUCGUGAGCCGGUACCGAAGCCCCCAACGAUGUCCCGCCAUAGCAGAAGCCGGUCUCGUACUCCCCCGCCGCCUAAGGCGUCUAACCGUAAAUAUAGGAGCCCGACGCGUUCGCGCUCAGCCUCUCCGCGACGUUACCGCUCUUCACGCUACUCCCGCUCGCGUUCCCGCUCGUACUCCCGGGGACGGUCCCACUCGCACAGCCCCAUGUCGUCGAGGCGGCGGCACACGGGCGACCGGGUGAGUCUGGAGAACCCAACACCGUCCCGGUGCCUUGGAGUGUUUGGACUAAGUCUUUACACCACUGAGCAGCAGAUUCAUCACAUUUUCUCCAAAUAUGGCAAUGUCGAUAAAGUUCAAGUAGUUAUUGAUGCUAAGACUGGUCGCUCGCGCGGCUUCUGUUUCGUGUACUUCGAGUCACAGGAUGACGCAAAAGUAGCGAAAAACGAAUGCACAGGAAUGGAGAUAGACGGUCGGCGCAUACGCGUCGACUUUUCCAUCACGCAGCGUGCGCACACGCCGACGCCUGGGAUCUAUAUGGGGAAACCUACGCACAUCGGACGAAGUGAUAAUGGAUAUGACAGACGUCGGGACAGAGACGACUACUACUACCGCGGCGGCGGCGGCUACAGAGAGCGGGGACAUUACGCCCGCGGCUACAGACACCGAUCGCCCUCACCCUACUACCGGCCCUCGCGGCGCUACGAACGCGAACGGUCGUACUCGCCUCGUCGGUAUUAG